AAGCCUGAGCAGAACCAGUAGCGCCACUGUAAAAGUAAAUGGUGCAUCAUCCCACUUGUUUGGAGCACCUGUUGCAAGUCAGCGGGCAUCCUUGUCGUCGCUUUUCUCGUCCCCAUUUCCUCAGAACAUGGGUGGGGCUGCCUUUUUCAACGAGGGCGAGAAUGACCAGGCGAGUACUAGCGAGUGUCGGGUAGAUUGGCUAGCAUUUGGCGCCGAGCACCUGACGGCGUCUUUUCCUAUGCCUCGAAGUAGCCCCUGCUCGUCUGCUCAAGAGGAUUCCAACGAUAGUGGGACGCGUUUCGAUUCUACAACCGUCCCAUCAACAAGAUCAGGGACACCGGUAGCAGCGGGAGCCGGACCAAAGAAUCAUGUGACAGCCUUUUCACCCCCAAGGUUACUCAGUCCAGAGCAGUGCCGAAAAUACUAUCACUCAUCGCGACGCGACAAGAGGGCGACUAAAGUGAAACAAGAAAAUCAGAAGAAAUCUUCUGACGCGGAUGCGGUGGAGGUCAAGUCAACAGGGAUACCAUUCAUGCACCAGGUUAAAGACCAAAUAGUGGGAGCAGUUGCGAAAGCUGCGCCUCAGCCGAUCACGCAGAUCUCACCUCUACCUAUACCUGCAGCUGACCAAGUUGGGAAUGUCGGUAGGGCAGUAUCAGAAGACGCCGCAUCAACAUCAAGUAGGGGAGCACAAGCAACCUCAAGAGCAGGCUCGAUUAUGAAGGUGUCAGAACUGAUUGAGACUGGAGCUGGCCCUGAUGCAUGUCCAGCGGAUUCAGAGAACGAAGAUGACCAGCAGCAGCAACAGGAGCAGCGAAAAAGUGGGAUGGGAGGAAAGGCCUCUGAUCCUUUUGGUCCCUUCUUUAAUCUCAAUGACCUGGGGCAAGAGGGUGGUGAAGGAGUCGACUCCCUAAACGUGCCAGACGCGGAGUCCGAAGACGAUGACGUCCUCCAGCUCGUUAAGCAGAGACGCGGUGGGGGUAGUUUCGUUGGCGGGUCCGAAUUUCCUGAUCUCAGCCG